CCGAGUGCGGCGGGACCGGCGCGUCCGGAGCAGCUGCCGGGCGGAGCGGGGCCGGGGAACGCUGCGAGGCCGGGGCACCGCUUCGCCCCGGGAGCCGCUUGCCCUGGUGUGACGGGUCGAGGCGGGAGAUGUCGACUCCCCCCCUGGCCGGGGCAGGGAUGCCGCCGGGCGCCUUCUCCGGGACCCAGGCUCAGGCUGCCCGCGAGGUGAACACGGCUUCGCUCUGCCGCAUCGGCCAGGAGACCGUGCAGGACAUCGUCUUCCGAACCAUGGAAAUAUUCCAGCUACUGAGGAACAUGCAGUUACCAAAUGGUGUUACUUAUCAUACUGCAACAUAUCAAGACAGACUGGCAAAGCUGCAGGAACAUCUCCGCCAGCUAUCAAUACUCUUCAGAAAACUGAGAUUAGUCUAUGACAAAUGUAAUGAAAACUGUGCUGGGCUCGAUCCUGUUCCCAUAGAACAACUUAUUCCAUAUGUUGAAGAAGAUGGCUCCAAGCAUGAUGAUCGUGGUGCUGCAAGUCAGCUUCGUUUUGCUAGCGAAGAGAGAAGGGAAAUCAUGGAAGUUAAUAAGAAACUGAAACAGAAGAAUCAGCAGCUGAAGCAGAUCAUGGAUCAGUUACGAAAUCUUAUUUGGGACAUAAAUGCCAUGUUGGCAAUGAGGAACUGAACAAGGAAAAUCAAUCUUUGUAACUGAAGAAGAUACAAAUCUGUUUGGAUAUACUUAACUUCCUUCUAAGAAGUAACAUAUUUUUCCACAAUUAUAUUACAGUAAUGUUUGAAAAGUCUCAAAGAUUAAAAUGUUGGGUUGUUUUCUAGUAAUGUAAAUGGUUUUGGGUUUGUUUUUAUAGAAGAUUCAUUGUGUAAGUUUUACCUCUGUGAUUCUGCUUACAGCCUCAGUAAUUUACUGUAGUAGUUUGGAUUCCUAUGCAGAAAGGGGUUUUAUAAAUUAAGUGUUUCUGGAUUUUCUUUCUAAUACAAUUAAAAAUUAUAAAAACAUAUGUUUAUAUGCAGUUUAUUCUGUAGUGCAAAUAGGCUCUACAGAGAGGAAAAGUUGCAAGACAGGAAAGUUACUCCAGAAAACUAGAGGGCUGAAAUCAGCAAUCAGAUACUGCAAUUCAGUCUGCAGUAUUUUUUAUAUUAUCUGCAGUGCAGAGAGAGCAGGACAAUCCCCUCCCUUGCCCAGCUGGUGAUGCUGUCCCUGAUGCUCCCAGGACAGGGUUGGCCCUCCUGGCUGCCAGGGCACUGCUGGCUCAUGUUCAAUUUGCCAUCCACCAGGACCCCCAGGUCCCUUUCCAUGGCUCUGCUCUGGAGCCUCUCAUUCCCCAGUCUGUACACACAGCCAGGGCUGCCCCAUGCCAGGUGCAGAAUCUGACACUUGCCCUUGUUAAACUUCACACAGUUGGAGAUUGCCCAACCCUUUAAUUUGUGGAGGUCUCUGCAGGGCCUUUCUGACCCCAAGGGAGUUGACAGCUCCUCCCAAUUCAGUGUCAUCCACAAACUUACUCAGUAUUCCUUCCAGUCCUGCAUUGAAGAGCACAGGGCCAAGGAUGGAGUCCUGCAGGACCCCACUGGUGACAGUCACCAGUGUGAUGUGCCCCAUUCACUGUAAGGGACAGUCACCACUCUGAUGUGUCCGUUCACUGUAAGGGACAGUCACCACUCUGAUGUGCCCCAUUCACUGGGACAGUCACCAGUCUGAUGUGCCCAUUCACUGUAAGGGACAGUCACCAGUCUGAUGUGCCCGUUCACUGUAAGGGACAGUCACCACUCUGAUGUGCCCAUUCACUGUAACACUUUGUGCCCAACCCAUCAGCCAGUUGCUUACAUGUCAUGUGACUCAGAUAUCCAGCUGUGUGCUGGACACUUUGUCCAGAAGGCUUCUGUGAGAGACAGUAUCUGAAAGCUUUGCUGAAGUCCCAAAAGAUCUCAUCUGCUGGCUUUCCUAGAUCACCUAGGCGGGUUUACUUGUUGUAGAAGGAAAUCAGGUUCAUCAAGUAGGACAUCCCCUCAUGAAGCCAUGCUGGCUCUGAACAACUGUGACUGGUGGUGUAUUUCUGUAUUUAUGGUUGGAAUACUUUGGUUUUGUUUAUCAGAAUGCACUGAAUAAAGACCUCAUUAAUCUUU